AUGGCAGCACAACCGACUAUUAUUGAGGAAACUAAACAGAGGCAAUUGGAGGAUGAAUUUCUUAAGAAAGUACAUGGUGAUAUGGAAACAAAGCCAAGACCUGGAUUUUCUUUGGAAGGUCAAGUGUUGAAAUUAAAGGGAAGAUUGUGUGUUUUUAAUGUCCCUGAAAUUAAAGGAAGAGUCUUGGAAGAAAGCUCACAAGUCCAGAUUUGCUAUGCAUCCCAGAAAUACCAAAAUGUACCAAGGUCUCAAGAAAGCUUUUUGGUGGCCCAAUAUGAAAAGAGAAAUUGCGAAGUUCAUUUCAAGAUGCCUUCAAUGUCAACAAGUAAAAGCGGAAUACCAAAGACCAGCGGGGUUACUUCAUCAUCUUCCUAUUCCGGAAUGGAAAUAAGAGCACAUAACUAUGGAUUUAUUACUAUUUAUAAUGCUGAUAGACUUGCUACUGUGUACAUUGCGAAGAUUAUUCGAUUGCACAGUAUUUUGGUUUCCAUUGUGUUAGAUAGAGAAUCUAAGUUUGUGUCAAGAUUUUGGCAAAGUUUACAGAAAGCAUUGGGGAUGGAAUUGAGGUUCAGUACCGCAUUUCAUCCACAAACUGAUGGACAAUCAGAAAGAAUUAUAUAA